AUGAGGACUCUCUGCUCUCUGAUGCUGAUAUGCUGCCUCCUUUUCUCAUACACCAUCCCAGCUGUUGGGGAUCUAGAACGUCUUGGAUACAAAGCAAAAUUUGAACACUGCCACAAUAGGGGAGGGUACUGUGUCAGAGCCAUUUGUCCUCCUUCUCACAGGCGCGAGGGAAGCUGUUUCCCAGCGAAGGUCCCCUGUUGCAAGUACAUGAGAUGA